CGUACACACAUGAACACACGUACACACAACACACAUGAACACACGUUGGGAACUCUCUCUCUCUCUCUCUGUGCUGGGCUGUGCUUCCAAGCUCCAUCAGGAUGACAUCAUACUCGGCCUACACAAUGGGUCUGUUCAUCUCCUGAGGGCUGCGUCGCGCCACUGGACCGCUAGCCACCCGCCCGCCUAAGGGGAAGAGGAGGAGGAGGGAGGAAGAGGACAGAUAAAGAGGUUGUCGUCAUGUCGGAGCGUCCCGUGGGCGUGGGCGUGGGAGCCGGCGCCGGCGCUGAGACCGGAGGAACUGGUUUGGGGACUGGAGCCGGAGCUCAUGGAGCUGGAGGGACUUUGGUUGGGAUUGGACCUGGGGUGGGGAAUGGACCCCGAGCUGUGGCUGGAGUCAAAGGUUCUGGGUCUGUAUCAGGCUCGGCAUCCGGGACCAGGCAGGGCUCGGUGCGUCCCAUCGGGGCAGAGGGGCUGGUCACCCUGCUGGAGGGGGGUCUGGACAGCGUGUUGUUGAUUGACAGCCGGCCCUUCGUAGAAUAUAACUCCUCCCACAUCCUGGAGGCGGUCAACGUGAACUGUUCUAAACUGAUGAAGAGACGACUGCAGCAGGACAAGGUCCAGAUCAACGAACUGCUGCAGCACAGCGCCAAGAAGAAGUUGGAGCUAGUGGGCAGUCAGGAGGUGGUGGUGUACGACCAGAGUUCAUCUGACCCCUUGACCCUUCCCUCGGAGGCCUUCCUCACCGUCCUAUUGGCCAAGCUGGAGAGGAGCUUCCCGUCCGUACACCUGCUCUCAGGUGGUUUCUCAGAGUUUUCCCAGCAGUUUCCAGGUCUGUGUGAAGGUAAGGCUCUUCUUGGUACUUCCUGCCUGGUGCCCUCCUGCCUCUCUCAGCCCUGCCUGCCCCUCAACACCUCUGGCCCAACACGCAUCCUGCCCCACCUCUACCUGGGCUGUCAGAGAGACGUACUCAACAAGGAUAUGAUGCAACAGAAUGAUAUUGCGUACGUCCUGAAUGCCAGUAACACUUGUCCCAAACCAGACUACAUCCCUGAGUCUCACUUCCUGCGAGUUCCUGUCAAUGACAGCUUCUGUGAGAAGAUCCUCCCCUGGUUGGACAGAUCUGUGGAGUUCAUAGAGAAGGCCAAAGCGUCCAACUCCUGUGUGCUGGUCCACUGUCUGGCUGGCAUCUCCCGCUCAGCAACCAUCGCUGUCGCUUACAUCAUGAAGAGGAUGGACAUGUCACUAGACGAAGCUUACAGGUUCGUGAAGGAGAAGAGGCCCACCAUCUCUCCUAACUUCAACUUCCUGGGUCAGCUGCUGGACUUUGAGAAGAAGAUCAAGACUCCUGGAAGGUCGGAGGUCAGAGAGACCAUUGGGGUCCAACCCUCUCCCCUCCUCCACCCCCCACUGGAGCAGGACCCCCCUACCCCUACCCCUACCCCCAGCCCCCCAGACCUUGCCCUGGCACAGCUGGAGCCCCUGACCCUACCGUGUGUCUUGGCCCCCUGGCCCCCAGAGGAGAGGCUCCUGGUCCAGGCUCUGCAGGGGCUCCAAGGCCUCCAGCUGGACCAGGGGACGGAAGACGGCGCCGCCCGGCUGAAAAGGUCCUUCUCUCUGGACAUCAAGUCGUACGGGGAGCCAGGAGGCUGCAGCAGCGCCCCCAUGAGGCCUUACCCCCACCCCGCACCCCACCCCGAAGACCAAGAGUAUUAUAAACCAUCCGGGAGCUUCAAGGAGCCUGCUAGUAAACCGUGUCAGUUCUCUCCUGUGGAGGAGGUGUCGGAGCAGUCGACACCAGAACAGAGCCCUGACAAGGAGCAGGCCGACAGCCCCACAGACCCUGCUGCUACCUCUGCUCCUCCUGUAGUCUCCACCACAACCAUCACCUCCUCCUCCUCCUCCUCCUCCUCCUCCAUCACCUCCUCCUCCUCCUCCUCCUCCUCCUCCUCCUCCUCCUCCUCCACCACUACCGGUACUACCACCUCCAACCAGCCCAGCCAGGCUCAGCCUCCUCCACCUCCCCUCUCCUGUUCCCAGCAGCUCCACCGUAGUGGCAGUAUGGAGGAGAGCCCUAACCACACUGGCUUCCUGUUCGGCCUAUCACGUUCCCAGCAGCACCUGUCCAAGCCCGCGCCUAACCUAGGCUCCGCCUUGAAGGGCUGGCACUCUGACAUCCUAUUGGGUCCCGUCGCCGUGUCGUCGGGGGGGUGGUACCUCUCCGAGUCACACCGCUUCUACUCCACCUCCGCCAUUUUAGGAGGCGGGGCCAACAUUCUUGGGGGCGGCAGCGUGGCGGCGUACAGCGUGAGCCAGGGGUUGGAGGAGGUGAGGCGACGCGGGCGGCAGAGGAACGGCGCCCACGGGGACUCACGGAGGAGCUGGCACGAGGAGAGCACCUUGGAGAAGCAGCUGAAGAGGCGAAGCUGUCAGAUGGAGAUUGGAGACAGGAUGAGAGGAGGAGGGGAGAGUCGAUCCAGAGAGGAGAUGGGGAGUCAGAGCAGCUUCUCGGGAAGCAUGGAGGUCAUAGAGGUGUCCUGAGACUCCAAGGGACAUUCAAUAUGGACCCCAGUCCACCCAUUACGGCAUCAUUGAUUUGAGUAUAUUCUCUGGUCUCCACUGCUCCCAGCACGACCCAACAUCCUCAGAUCAGACCAGUCCCAUGUUGAGGGGAAAGACUUGUUAUGGACCCAUCUUGUGAUCCCACUAGGGAAUUGAACCUUGAACUGAUCUAGCGGCACUACGCGUCCCGACAGUUGGCAUUAAUGUAGUUGAACUUUGACCUGGAAGCAGAAAGCAGCUGUGUGAUGAUGAUGAUGAUGACGAUGAUGACGAAUGUGAUGAAGAGGACUGAGACAAACUUGAGUGUUCAUCAUUUUCAUUUAAUUUCUGAAUGUUGCUGAUCGUCAUCAACAGCAGUAGAUGUCUGCCUGACGUUGGAUACAUGGAGCUUUUCUGAAGCCCUAAGAAGUCUUUAUGAAGAACGGGAUCAGAGACGGAUCCCUGAUAUCCCUCUGUCAAAUCAUCCAGUACCUCACACAUCCAAAUGAGAGGGUUCUCCUGUCCCUCUGUCUCCCUGAUAUCCCUCUGUCAAAUCAUCCAGUACCUCACACAUCCAAAUGAGAGGGUUCUCCUGUCCCUCUGUCUCCCUGAUAUCCCUCUGUCAAAUCAUCCAGUACCUCACACAUCCAACUGAGAGGGUUCUCCUGCCCCUCUGUCUCCCUGAUAUCCCUCUGUCAAAUCAUCCAGUACCUCACACAUCCAAAUGAGAGGGUUCUCCUGUCCCUCUGUCUCCCUGAUAUCCCUCUGUCAAACCAUCCAGUACCUCACACAUCCAAAUGAGAGGGUUCUCCUGUCCCUCUGUCUCCCUGAUAUCCCUCUGUCAAAUCAUCCAGUACCUCACACAUCCAACUGAGAGGGUUCUCCUGCCCCUCUGUCUCCCUGAUAUCCCUCUGUCAAAUCAUCCAGUACCUCACACAUCCAAAUGAGAGGGUUCUCCUGCCCCUCUGUCUUCGUCCUCUGAUGUUGGAGCUCAUUGACAAUUCAAAUCUCAGGUCUUAUUUGAGCAGCAGGAAAAGAUGCCUGAACGACUGAACAGUUCCUGAACAGUUCCUGAAUGGCUCAGUUGGUAGAGCAUGGCGCUUGCACCCCAGGGGAGUGGGUUCGAUUCCCGGGGCCCACCCAUACGUAUAAUGUAUGCACGCAUGACUGUAAGUCACUUUGGAUAAAAGCGCUAAAUAUUAUUAACGAACGGUGUGGUUGUGGGUUUUGUCUGAUAUGGUUUGGUAAAGGAAUGAUGUAAUGAUUUGAUACCUGUGGUAAAGGCAUGAUGUAAUGAUUUGAUACCUGUGCUGAAGGCAUGAUGUAAUGAUUUGAUACCUGUGCUGAAGGAAUGAUGUAAUGAUUUGAUACCUGUGCUGAAGGAAUUAUGUAAUGAUUUGAUACCUGUGCUGAAGGCCUUUGAGUAAGUUCUACCACUUCAGCUGUCCUGAGAUCAGUGGUCCCAUCCCUGACCCAAAGCUGAACCCUGUCCUGAGACAUGCUUCUGUUCAGCUCCCACAGUGUGUGGACAUGUGUGAGAGGUAGUAGGUCAGUUAUGGGGUUGUUGUUGCUGUGUCAGAAUAUAGUUAGCUUUACUUUUGGACAAUGUGGACAUUUGGAUGAAGUUAAUAAGCAGUAAGAUGUAUGUUGACUGUUGAAAUAAAAUCAGAAACGCUA